CCUCUGCGCAGGGGUACUGUACGUAGUUGAAUCUCAGUCCUGCCCGGAGAGCCACCGCCACCUACACCAAACUGGACUACUGGGACUCUAUUACACGAAUAAAUCGACAGUAGAGGGGGAGAGAAAUAGAGCAAGAAAGCGAAGGAGGUAGAAUUGGAACGGUGAACAACCCAUAAAUAUUCCAAAAUCCGAGGAGUGAUGAGCCGCAGUAUCGUACGUCAGAGUAAGUUCAGACAUGUCUUCGGCCAGGCGGGCAAGGCGGAGCAGUGCUAUGACGACAUCCGUGUCUCCAAGGUGACAUGGGACAGCUCCUUCUGCGCCGUCAACCCCAAGUUCCUGGCCGUGAUCGUGGAGUCCAGCGGCGGGGGAGCCUUCCUGGUCAUGCCGCUCUCAAAGACAGGUCGUGUGGACAAGAACUACCCCCUGGUGGUGGGGCACUCAGGCCCAGUCCUGGACAUCGACUGGUGUCCCCACAAUGACAACAUCCUGGCUAGCGCCUCCGAGGACAGCACCGCCAUGGUUUGGCAGAUCCCGGACCAUACCCCCAUACGGCCGCUUUCUGAACCCAUCGUGACCCUGGAGGGGCACUCCAAACGCGUGGGAAUCGUCAUCUGGCACCCCACCUCCCGCAACGUCCUCCUCACUGCAGGCAGCGAUAACUUGAUCAUCAUCUGGAACGUGGGCACAGGGGAGCCCCUGAUCACCAUGGACGACCACCCCGACCUCAUCUACAACGUCAGCUGGAACCACAACGGCAGCCUGUUCUGCACCACCAGCAAGGACCGCCGGCUGCGCGUCUGUGACCCCCGCAAGAGGGAGGUGGUGGCGGAGAGGCUGGCUCCACACGAGGGCAUCAGGCCCAUGCGCGCCAUCUUCACCAGAGAGGGGAACAUCUUCAGCACAGGCUUUACCCGCAUGAGCCAGAGAGAGCUGGGGCUGUGGGACCCGACAAACUUUGAGGAGCCUAUUGCCCUGCUGGAAAUGGAUACAAGCAAUGGAGUCCUGUUGCCAUUUUAUGAUGCUGACACCAAUAUAGUUUACCUGUGUGGAAAGGGUGACAGCAGUAUCAGGUAUUUCGAGAUCACGGAAGAGCCCCCCUAUGUGCACUACCUCAGCACCUUUAGCAGCAAGGAGCCACAGAGGGGCAUGGGGUUCAUGCCCAAAAGAGGGGUGGAUGUCAGCAAGUGUGAGAUUGCCAGGUUAUAUAAACUCCAUGAGAGGAAGUGUGAGCCAAUCAUGAUGACAGUGCCAAGAAAGUCGGACCUGUUCCAGGACGAUCUGUACCCCGACACGGCGGGCCCCGAACCUUCCUUGGAGGCGGAGGAGUGGAUGGAGGGGCGGGACGAGGACCCCAUUCUGGUGUCCAUGCGGGACGGCUACAUCCCCCCCAAGAGCAGGGAGCUCAAGGUGGCCAAGAAGAACGUUCUGGACUCCCGGCCAGCGCCGAAACGGAGCAUGUCGUCAUCCUGCGACGGCAGCAACCUGCCGCCUCAGCUACUAGAGAAGCUCUUGGAGGAGGUCCAGAUGCUGAAGGCCACGAUCUUGUCUCAGGAAAAACGCAUCUGCGACCUGGAGAACAAGCUCUCCAAAUACACCAACGGCACCGCAUAACUGCACCCAACCCCCACCCCUACCACCUCCCUGCCUCCUCAUUUCAUGCCCCUCAGCCAUUAGCAUUGCACUACCUACCCUGAUCCCACCCAUAUUAUACCCUCCUUCAAUGACACCCAAAGCUAAAUUCUGUUGCUCACCCCAAACCCCCACCCCCUCCCCUCACCUUGUAGAUGGCACUGCUGACUAGUUUUUUUUUUAUUGUGGUGAGAUAUUAGCAUGUGACUGAAGGAUACCGUGGCAGUGGUGUGUACAUACACUCCCUACUCUUCCUGACUCCGUCACCACUACUCCAGAGCCCUGAUGCUACACACUGCAGCACAGACUCAUACCUCAACAUCAGGGAUAUGGAACAGGGAUCGGAUGUCGCUGAUGUCACCUUUCACAUAGAAACCAGAGAGGAGCUCCUCUACCAAUCAAGGCAUACAUUGGUAAUAACAAACGGCAUUGGUGAUUGGUGGCUACUUUCUGACUAUACUUGUUCCUUACAGUACCUUGGCAAUAUGUCCAAAAGACAUCCACCAAUAACCACUGCCAAUGUUUUAUUUGUUUCUGUCAACAUACUUUCUGGUUUCUAUGGAAAUGCUGAUGACACCUAUGUCCUAUCCCUUUUAUAUUAUCUCUGCUCAACAUGUAGACUCUAUCUAAGCCCCCUUCGCUUCAUCCAUCUGCCCUACGAACAAGACAAAGACUGGACAUUUUGCAAAUGAUGGACAGAAUAUUGUAAAUAUUAAUGGAAAAUGACAAGUAAAAUUUGAAAAACUAAAGUUGCUUUGAAAAAAAACCAAAACCAUAAAAUGACUAAAAAGAAGUUAGUUCCAUGUGUGUUCUGUAAAGAAUUGUCUGAGAGACACGAUAACAUCAAUAAAGAGCAAAGUUUUUUAAAAGGUUA